CACAAUAUUGUAUGGAAGCCCAACAGGAAACAACGGGAUGGGGAAAGUUACAUGAAAACCAGAUUUUGCUUAACUGGAUCAUAUUGAAAACUGUAUUAUUAUAUCAAAGUAAUAUAUUUUGACAUCGUCAUGCAUUACUUUGCCAGUGGUUUAUUCAGAUAAAAAAUUCAGUGAAGGGGAAAUUGUGCACUUGAACUUGUACUUCCGCGUACAAUGUUUUUUUCCAGCGACAUACGACAACUUUCGAACAGCAAACCAUAUUAGACGUUUGUCAGUCUUUUUUGUUGUUGCUGUAUUUUGAGGGGGAGAGUUUGGGGCUCAGUGGUCUAACCCAGCCAUGAGCAUCAUCGGGGCCGAGGAUGAGGACUUUGAGAAUGAUCUGGACCCCACGGUGGAUGACCACAGCAGUCACUUCACCAGUAUAGAGCUAGUGAAGAGUCGGCCAACCCACCUGCUGGUCUUCCUUCAGCACGUCAUCCUGCAGUUCGACUGCUCCUCCUUGUUGUGUUACCUCCAUGCUGACCUCUUCAAGAACCUCAGUACCAAAGAGACCAAAAAGCAGUUUGUGGAGUUCUACAACAGCUUCCUAGACAAGAGCGCUAUUCUCAGAGUGCAAAUCCCUCACAAUGUAUCGUUUGAGUUGGACCGUACCAGACCAGACCUGCUCAGUGAGGAGCAGCAGAAGAAGUUUGUCCAGGAUGUCCAGUUGGCUCAAGCCCCAGAGGUGCUGCGACAGCUGGAAGACUUUAGGCAGAAGAGGAUGAUGGGUAUGACCCCUAACGCGGCAGAGCUGCUGGAGGUGGAGUCUCACUACCCCACCGAUCGUAUCCCCAUGGAGAUGAAGGAGAAGGCUGUGGCAGAGACCCUGCUGGACAAAAUGUCUGAGAUCCAUCCCUCCAUCGUCGCAGACGAGGAGAAAUGUUCGUCGAUUUUUGCAGCAGUGGCCUUCUACAUGAAGCACCUAGGAGUGAAGUCCAGAGUAGCUGACAGUAAGAAGUCCAGAGGGUUCUUCAGGAGACCCCUUGGGAAGAAUAAGAAGAGUGAGGAGUCCACUAAAUCUAAACCGAAGGGGGGUUUUCCCAACAUCCUCAGCGCCGCCGGUGGCUGGAUUGCUGGCAGCACUGAGGUCAAACUUCCUAAAGUGGAGGCUGAAGUGGAUAAAGAGAAGGUGAAUCAGGAGCGUAAGGUUUCCAGCGGCCUCGCUCUCUCUCGAGGCUCCUCCGCCCCUGAUGCUGCUCCUCCAGCAUUAAACAGGAAGUCUGUUUCCACAGGAUCCUCCCCCCAUCAGGGUUUGGAGGUCAGCGAGGGAUCAGGAGUUCACAUCAGUGUGACCUCCAGCCCAGACUUCUCCCACAACGAGAUAGGUCUGUUCAGCAGCCGUUCGGACCCCCAUUUGGUGGCGGAGGGGGGUGAGCUGUCCCCCGGGGGGAUGGCAGGGGGGCUGGCUGUAUGGGAGCCCCCCUCACCCAAUGAACACCCCCUGGAGGAAAACCUGGACAAAGACAGACGCAAGACAAGGCGUGUGGGACGCAGUGAGAGUGCUCGUGUGGACAGACAUUCCUCCCGUCGCCGUGGCUCCUCCCGGGCCAAACAGUCGCGUUCCCGUAGCGACGUGGACCUGCAAGCCGCCGCCACGGCAGCACACUCCUCCCCGACCUCUCCCCAUCCCUCUGUUGAUGAAGGGGUGUUACUGCCCGAGGGUGUGCUCCCAGGUCUUUCCCUCUCUGGCCCCACCCCCCAGCAGGAGGAACAGGACCCUCGCCUCCUGGAGCUGGAGCAGGACCCGCCCAACUGGAGAGAACACACCCCCCCAGACACGCUCAAAGACCUCAGCAAGAAGGAGACCAAGCGGCAGGAGGUCAUCAACGAGUUGUUUGCAACGGAGCACGCCCACGUGCGCAUGCUGAGUGUUCUGCAGACAGUGUUCUGGAAGCCUCUGGAGAGAGAGGAACUCAUGACCGCCACAGAGCUGGCCACCAUCUUCCCCAGCCUGGACGAGAUCAUAGACAUGCACUAUGCUUUCUACGAGCACCUGAAGAAGCUGCGUCAGCACAAUUUCAUCGUCAAGGCCAUCGGGACCACGUUACUCAAUAGGUUUGGAGGGACGGAGGGUGAGUGGUUUCAGAAGCUGACGUCUAGGUUCUGUAGUCACCAGACGUGGGCCCUGGAACAGCUGAAGAUGAGACAGAAGAAAGACCCUCGUUUCAACUCCUUCAUACUGGAGGCAGAGAGUAGGCCUCAGUGUCGUAGGCUGCAGCUGAAGGACAUCAUCCCCACUGAGAUGCAGAGGCUCACCAAAUACCCCCUACUGCUGGAAAACAUUGCCAAGUGCACAGAGGACACCUUGGAGAAGGAGAGUAUUCAGCAGAGUGCAGAGUGCUGUAGGAAGAUCCUCAACCACGUCAACGAGGAGGUCAAACAGAUGGAGAACCUGCUGACCCUGAAAGACUACCAGCGCAGGCUGGACACCUCAGGACUCAAACCCAGUAAUGAGCUGUACCUGGAGUACAAGUACCUUGACCUGGCCCAGAGAAGGAUGAUAUAUGAGGGGCCUCUGACUUGGAGAGUGACCAAGGAGAAAACAUUAGAAGUGCAGUGUGUGUUGCUAGGGGAUCUGUUGGUGCUGUUACAGAAGCAGGAUGAUAAGAUGGUGCUGAAGUGUCAGAGUAAGAGUAACAUCGCUGUUCAGGAGGGAAAGCAGAUGCUCAGCCCUAUCAUCAAACUAGACUCUGCCUUCCUCCGAGAGGUGGCCACAGACCGUAAGGCUUUCUACGUGAUCUUCACCUGGGACAGCGGGGCUCAGAUCUACGAACUGGUGGCUCAAUCUGUCGGGGAGAGGAAGAACUGGACAGAUGUGAUCAAGAUGGCGGUAGAUGAGCUGAAGAAGACAGGACCUCCAUCUGACCUGAAGAGAGGAAACAGCAUCUUAACUGGAGGAGGAGGAAACCCAUACAGCCCCACCACGUUUCCUCAACCCCCUCUCAGCCCCACUGAAAAUGGAGGAGUCUUGUUGAAAAAUAGCAUUGAACGAGAUAAGGACAGCCUGACUGAUGAGACGAAGUCUGUGGACUCUCGUCAUUCUCUGAUUGAUUACCUCUCGGACAAAGGCUUCGACUUGAUUGGCCACAGCAACAGUGACCAGGUGAAUGUGGCCAAUAGCGCGUUAAACGAAGUCAUGUUCCUCAAGAGACUAUUGGUUGGCAGCAUCAGUCUAUCAGAUGACUCGCAGCCUGAUGAGCAGAAUGGAAGGGAGGGGCCAGAGAGCCAGGACCAAGGACUGCAAGGGGAGGAGGGGGAGGGGGGAGGAGGAGAGGGUGGAGGGAUGAAGAUAGACGAGGAGGGAGGGAUCAGCGCUCCUCUGGUUCUGUCCCAGGAGAGGAUGGAGGAGGUGCGCCGGAAACUGCAGAGUCUGGAGGUACAGCUGAAGAGACUGCAGAGUGUUGAGGAGGAGCACCACCGACUGCAGCAGGCCCUGUCUAGGUUCUCCCUGGAGGGGGGCAACUUCUAGUGAGACACACAGCGCCACCUUCAGGACACCAGAUCACUGUAAGUGCUGGAUUGGAGUGCUCGAGUUGCUUUUGGAGGAUUGAUGAAUGCGUCCUGGAAUUUCCUAUUUACUAAACACUCUGUGCUCCACUGCCAUGCCUGAGCCCUUGUUAAAGAUUUCCAGGGGGUCGCAGGCAACUGUGAGGCCCUUGCAAGGCAGAGGAGCACGGCUUUACGCAAAGUAGUUGAGUAAAUGCAAUGUGGGAGGUGUUUGUGCGUGUUUGUGAACAUGCUAGUAUGUGUAAGUGCGUGAGCGUGUGAGAGAUGGGAGUUUUGGAAAUAGGUGCCAAAGAUUGGAGCAGUAGUUUGCUGUGAGAGAGAUGCUGCCUGGGCUUAUUGAUUGUGAGCUUCUGCAACACACACACACAACAGAUACUUCCCCCAGUGCAUGUUCAAUAAAUAUAUCUAUCAUUGCCAACUGUAGGGGUUUGGACUGUAUAAUAAACCCCCAUGUAUGCAUGUAGAGAGAGAUACUAGUGUCAGCCCUAUAGAGGGCGAUGUAGAGCUGUAGAACCAGACAGGAACAUGCUCAGGGUUGUGAAAUUCUGGUAACCAAAAUUCACAGGUUUUCCCCAAAUCCUGGUUGGAAGAUUCCUGGAUUCAGGAGGGAAUAAGGAGGAAUUCUGGGAGUCUUCAACCGGAGAUUUCUGAAAAACCUGGGAUUUUUGGGACAUUUUACUGAACAUUUAGUAGUCCCCUAUAUCCAGUACAUGCCAAAGUACAGCAGAGAUGCACUUUUAAGUUAGUAUAAUCCAAUUCAAGUGACCAACCACACUGAAUUCCCAACAUUGAAUUUGCUAAUAUGUAUUACUAUUAUUAUUAUUAUUAUAAUAUAUGCCAUUUAGCAGACGCUUUUAUCCAAAGCGACUUAGUCAUGCAUGCAUACAUUUUUACAUUUGACCCCAAUUGUUGAGAAGAUCUGUGUGUGUGUGUUUGUGUGUUACAGUGUUGUAGAAGCAAAAUGGCCUUCUGGAGUUACUGUAAUAGAGUCCUAUUAGAACUGUAAUUAUGGCCCAAACAUUCACCCAGUAGUAUUGGAAUUGAUCAUGUUGUUAGGGUUAUAGAUGGUGUGUGUACCGCUUUUGACUUCAGCCGCCUCUCCUUUGUGGACCCUGCUACUGUGCUGGGCCGGGCGAUAGAGGGAUGGACAGAUACACAGAGAUGGGAUGGACAUUAGAGAUGGAGGGAUACUGUGAGGAAGAGAGGAGUAAGGGAGGAGAGGAGGCAGAAGGGUUUUUCCCUGGAAGACCAACUUGAUUAGCAGCGUAUUAGAUGGUGAUUGAGGUAGAUGUAGAGAGAAGACUUGAAGUUCAGUGUUCAAUGUGCUGUGGAAUCGGUUAUAGGGGCCUCACGAGUGUGCUAGCUGUGCUACUGUGCUAGCUGUGCUACUAGAGAUUCUGGGUUCGAGUCCAGGCUUUGUCACAGCCGGCCGUGACCGGGAGACCCAUGGGGUGGCGCACACUUGGCCCAGCGUCGUCCGGGUUAUGGGAGGGUUUGGCCGGCAGGGAUGCUCUU